AUGCUGAAUCCGAUCUCUUCUCAGAAAUUGGCCACUCUCCGCGCCGAAGCUGAUGCCGCGAUGGAGCGAGCGGAGACAGCGGAGGCGAAGUUCAAGAAGCUCGAGUUGGAGAGCACGAUGAAGGACCAAGAGCUGGUCAGCCUGCAACACAAGGUCAGCACUCUAGAGACGGAGCUUGAGGCGGCCGAGAAGAAGAUCUCGGACGCUAAGGUCCACAAGGAGGAGGAGGAGUCCAACAAGUCGACUAACGAAAACCUUAACCGCAAGAUCGCCCUGCUCGAGUCCGAGUUAGACAACGCCGAGAAAAACUUGAGGGAAACCACGGAUAAACUCCGUCAGGUCGACGUCAAGGCCGAGCACUUCGAGCGCCAAGUCCAGCGCAUCGAGUCCGAGCGAGACUCCUGGGAGAAGAAAUGGGAAGAGACGCAGGAGAAGUACAUUGCGUCCAAGCGAGAGCUCGAGGAGGUCGUCCAACAGAUGGAGGCAAUCCCUAUGAUGUCCGCGCUCUCCUCCCCCGGUCCUGCGCAUCGUAUAUUCUCACCACACGUAUACGAUAGCCCACACGCUUCUCCUGCUCCUGCGCCCGACCUGCCCGACCUCGGUCUCCAAGGCCGGCUGUCGUAG